AUGCCUCCCAAGAAGAAGGUUGAGCGUGCUGCAACCGAGAACAUCUCGCUCGGACCUCAGGUCAGAGAAGGUGAACUCGUCUUUGGCGUCGCCCGUAUCUUUGCAUCCUUCAACGAUACCUUUGUUCAUGUCACCGAUCUUUCCGGCCGUGAAACCAUCUGCCGUGUGACAGGAGGGAUGAAAGUGAAAGCCGACCGUGAUGAAUCCUCCCCAUAUGCGGCCAUGUUAGCUGCGCAAGACGUCGCUCAACGUUGCAAGGAACUCGGCAUCACUGCUCUACACAUCAAGAUCCGAGCCACGGGUGGAAACGGCACAAAGACUCCAGGCCCAGGCGCCCAGUCGGCUCUGCGUGCGCUGGCUCGUUCGGGAAUGAAGAUUGGAAGAAUUGAGGAUGUGACGCCUACGCCGUCCGAUAGCACGAGACGUAAGGGUGGUCGUCGUGGUCGUCGUCUGUGA